AUGUCUCACUUCUUAGACAGCGUUUCCACCAUCAUUACUGUCUUUCACCAACAUGCAAAGGAAGAUGGAGACCAAUCCAAACUCAACCGAAGGAAGAUGAAGGAGUUCAUCCAGAAGGAAUUUGCAGAUGCCAUAGUGAACCCACAUGACCCUCAGACAAUUGACAAGAUUCUGCAGUUUCUGGAGUGGGAUGGGGAUGGAGAAAUCGAUUUUAAUGAGUUCCUGCUUUUAGUAUUCAGAGUGGCUAAGGCCUGCUACUGGUACCAGCAGAAGGGACGAUGCCUUCUGCAAAGAACAAAGCUGGUAACCAGCAGCAAGACAGUCCAAGAGCCUGAAAUUAGGAACAGAGGGAGCCGUCAGCAGUUCCAGGAAGAGGAAUCACGAACACUUGAACGCAAUCGCCAUCCCCCCUGCAUACCUGAGCCACAACGAGACACCAGGGCCCAGGAUCUUGAGACACAAGAGGAGACGGGAAGUCAUCGCCAGCAACGUAACACACAAAGUAGAGCUGAUGCAAGACAAAGCACCAGGCCAAGGGAAAUGACCCCUCAGGAAUAUGAAGAACAAAACCAAGAGCCAUGCGACCAACGAAGCAGCCGAAGACAUCAGUCACCCGAGCUGGACAGACUGGGAGAUUUACAAAACCACAAGCGUGGCAGCUUGAAGACAGAGCAGAGAGAUGAAAGACAAAAUCAAGAGAAGCCUCAACGAGAGCAACUAGCAGACGUGAGGAGCUGCAGCCAUUCCUGUGAACCACAGUUGCUGCCAGACCGGCGGAGUGGCCAUCAGCCACGUGAAUCAACAUUGCCAGUGUAUGAUCAAAGAAACCAUCGACCACAAGAUCAAGAGGCAGUGGCACAUGGGAGAAGCAGCCGUCGGCCACAUGAGCCAGAAGAAGCAGAUAGAGGAACGUGCAAUCAAAUGCAAAAGCCUGAAUUACUCAAAGAAGACAGAAGCCGCAACCACCUACGUGAGCUGGAACAAAAAGAACUUGAAAGAAGCAGCCGCCAGCCGUGCAAGUCUGAAUACAUGGAUUCAGAAAGGCUGCAUCAGUCAUACCUCCAGGAACCGCUAGUAAUAGACCGCAGAUACAAUAACACAAGGGAGCUAGAAGAAGACAACUAUGAACAAGGGAAAACACAGAAGGGCAGGAGAUCACAUGAAUCCACAAUGUAUGAAAGGACAAGAAAAGACAUUGUGGCUGAAGCUGAAGCUGAUGUGGAGAUUCAACAUGUGAUACGAAACAGGGAGAGAGAAGUAAGGAGACCACGUGAAUCAGUGAGGAGGACGGAGCGGACACGGGAGGAUAUUGUGGCUGAAGCUGAAGCUGAUGUGGAGAUCCGCCGUGUGACCCAAGAAAGGGACAGAGAACAGGCCAGGAGACCCCGAGAAACAGGGAGGUACGUGAAGACAUGGGAGGACAUUGUGGCUGAAGCUGAAGCAGACGUGGAGAUCCGCCGUGUGACCCAGGAACGCAAGAGAGAAGACGAAGUCAGGAGACCCCGUGAAUCAGUGAGGAGGACGGAGCGUAUACUGGAGGAUAUUGUAGCUGAAGCUGAAGCUGAUGUGGAGAUCCGCCGUGUGAGCCAAGAAAGGGACAGAGAACAGGCCAGGAGACCCCGUGAAACAGGGAGGUAUGUGAAGACACGGGAGGACAUUAUAGCUGAAGCCGAAGCAGACGUGGAGAUUCACCGUGUUUCCCGGGAACGGGAGAGACAAGAGGAAGCCAGGAGAACCUGUGAUUCCAUAAGGAAUGAACGGAUAAGGGAGGACAUUGUAGCUGAAGCUGAAGCUGAUGUGGAGAUCCGACGUGUGACCCAGGAACGCAAGAGGGAAGACGAAGCCAGGAGACCCCGUGAAUCAGUGAGGAGGACUGAGCGUAUACUGGAGGAUAUUGUAGCUGAAGAUGAAGCUGAUGUGGAGAUCCGACGUGUGAGCCAAGAAAGGGACAGAGAACAGGCCAGGAGGCCCCGUGAAAUAGGGAGGUAUGUGAAGACACGGGAGGACAUUAUAGCUGAAGCUGAAGCCGAUGUGGAGAUCCGACGUGUGACCCAAGAAAAGCGAAGGGAAGAGGACGGGAGACCCCAUGAAUCCGUGAGGUACGUGAAGACACGGGAGGACAUUGUGGCUGAAGCUGAAGCUGAUGUGGAGAUCCGCCGUGUGACCCAAGAAAGGGACAGAGAACAGGCCAGGAGACCCCGCGAAACAGGGAGGUACGUGAAGACACGGGAGGACAUUGUAGCUGAAGCCGAAGCUGAUGUGGAGAUCUGUCGUGUUUCCCGAGAACGGGAGAGACAAGAGGACGCCAGGAGACCCCGUGAAUCCAUAAGGAACGAAUCUGAAGCUGAAGCUGAUGUGGAGAUCCGCCGUGUGACCCGGGAAAGGGAGAGAGAACAGGCCAGAAGACCCCGCGAAACAGGCAGGUACGUGAAGACACGGGAGGACACUGUGGCUGAAGCUGAAGCUGAUGUGGAGAUCCGACGUGUGACCCGGGAACGGGAGAGACAAGAGGAAGCCAGGAGACCCCGUGAAUCAGUGAGGAGGACUGAGCGUAUACUGGAGGAUAUUGUGGCUGAAGCUGAAGCUGAUGUGGAGAUCUGCCGUGUGACCCGAAAAAGGGACAGAGAGGAGGAGGCCAGGAGACCACAAGAAUCAGCCAGGUUCCAGAGGAUUCAAGAGGACAUUGUAGCUGAAGCUGAAGCUGAUGUAGAAAUUCGCCAUGUUUCCAGAGAACGGUUGCAUGAAGAAAAGGACAGGAGACCACGUAAAUUGGUGACGAAUGCAAGGACUCAAGAGGGAACUGUGGCUGCAGCUGAAGCGGGGAUCUGCCAUGAAGAAGCAGAGCAGAGAGAUCGCCUCCAUAAACUUGAGGAACCUGUGGAGGAGAGGAGGACUGUACGGGCACAAGUGAGGGAAGAGGCCAUUGUAAAGGAAAGGAGACUUGAUCGUCAGCGGGACCUGGAAGUAGAGCAAAAUAGAUUCCCAGUACAUGAUGAUCAGGGAAGAAGGCAGGACAGACGUCUCUACCAAACUGUGGACAUUGAUAGCAGAGACCUCGUCCCCCGUGGAGAAGUGCCAUCUGUCAGUGAUGUGAGGGUCCGCUAUAUUCCCUCUGACCCUGAUGUACGCCCAGAGGUACAGACCGUCCCUGAGCCCUGUGAGCCUCAGACCAUUGCAUAUUUGAUCCAUGUUAUCCAGAAUCUGAAUGAUCCCGAAGCUACCACUUAUGAGAUCAUCUGUCAGCAGUCCAAUGACUCAGAGCAGCCUGUCUGUGUAAGGAAAUGCUAUGUUUCACCACAGCCACCAGCUGGGCCGUGCAAAGACAGUAGUGUCCUGGAGCCUGAACCACGGCAUCUGCCAUCUUCCAGUUCCCAGGAAAAUGCAAGGGAGCUCAAGGAGCCUAGGAAAGGUGAGACUCGGGAAAGGUCUGCAAUAGCAGUAAAGGAGAGGGCUCAGCACGCUUCUGCCCCUGAGUUGGAAGGCUUGAAGGGUGACACCAGCCAGUCCAAGCCCAGGGAAGACAGGAGGGACCACCAAAGUCCCCAGCUCCAUGAUGUGGAAGAGAAGAAUCAUGAGCCAGAGGGUGAUGGACCAAAAGCCACUGGAGAGGAAGUCUCACAGGAAGAUGAUUCCCAAGGAAACAAAGACAGGGAGGCCAAGAGCCAACCACCUCCAUCCCGGGAUCCAGAGCUGCAGGAAGCUCAGAAGCAGGGCCAGCGAGCUGCAGAAGAGCCACGUCACCAAAAGGACGAUGCUGGCUGCUGCCACGAGGAUGCAGAGCUCCCCUCACCAGAGAGGAGCCGCCAGACACGAGAAGAGGAAAACAGCAAAAGGAGCUCCCAGCAAGAAGUUACCACUCAUCCUCAACGUGAGGAGGAACACAGUCCCAAGGCCCCACAAGAACCAAGCCGUCCUACGAGGGAUGAAGCCAAGGCACCCUGA